AUGAGCAACACUUGCAUUAUUUUUCUGUUAUUCGUUGCACUUGUUUCAUGUGCACUAUCAUCUUAUCUUGAUAUUCCACCGCCGCCCGAACGGCCAUUACGUUUUAAAACAAGAGAACAAAUUGAAACCUAUCUCAAAGCUAUCAAAGAUUAUUACGAUGCAUUUAAAAUAAAACUUGUUCGCCGAGACACUGCUAAUUAUGAUGGCACUUCAUCAUUAGACAAACAGGAUAAUGAUGACGACGAAAAUGAAGGUUACGAAUUCAACUAUUAUGUCAAAGCAGUGCCAAAAGAUCCCUACUUUCGACGAAGAUAUAGAAUCAUUCGAAUGACGAGUGCUUAA